GGGAACAGCUCGUGUGUGUGUCAGACGGGCAGUGAAGGGUUAAUGUUACUGUACAGAUACAGGACUGUGUGGGGUGUCUAUAGGCUGCUCGUGUCCACUCGCUCCAUUACUCGCUGCAUGUUACUCUACUUUCCCCGUUCCCUCAGUCGGCACCACAGAAGAGCUCUGCGCCGGCUCUGCACACACCUCCUCCAGCAUGGAUGCGCUAAAAUCCGCCGGGAGAGCAAUAAUCAAAAGUCCCGGAGUCCCGCGGCACACAUGGGGAACGUCCAAGCAUGAGAAGCUCCCAGAGAACUGGACGGACACCAAGGAGACUCUCCUGGAAGGGAUGGUGUUCAAUGUGAAGUAUCUGGGCAUGACUCUGGUUGGCCAACCUAAAGGAGAAGACAUGGCAGCGGCUGCCAUCAGGAGGAUUGUGACCACGGCUCGGGCCAGCGCAAAGAAGUUUCGGAAAGUGACCCUCACUGUCUCCCCCAAGGGAAUCAUCAUCUCAGACACAGAGACCAAUGACCUCGUCGAGGACGUUUCCAUUUACAGAAUAUCUUACUGCACAACAGACAAAACUCAGGAUAAGGUCUUCGCCUACGUCUCCCAAAGCCAGUUCAAUGAAACUCUGGAGUGCCAUGCCUUCCUGUGCCAAAAAAAGAAAAUAGCUCAGGCUGUGACUCUGACAGUUGCUCAAGCUUUUAAAGUAGCUCUGGAUAUGUGGGAGAUCGCACAGGAAGACAAAAGCAAGAAAGUUCACACGUGCUACUCCUGUUCAGACCCUGAAUCUCAGCCUGAAUCUGAACCGAACAGUGUUUCAGAGGAGGAGAAGACUCGGGCUCUGAUGGAGCACAAACUGAGGAAGCCCUUCUUCCCUUCCUUCCUUUCACCAUCUCCACGCAGCAGCACCAGGAGACGGCCAAUCAAACACGACUCCUGGGAUGCGGAAGAUGGCCUCGAUGAUGCGUUUUCAAGACUGGCGACGUCCCGCGGCAGAACCGUGUCUGAGGAUGCAGCUGUGAGACCAGAGGAGGAAGAUCUCCUGUCCUUCAGCAGUGAGGACUCCGACUGAACACACACACACACACACACACACACACACACACACACACACACACACACGCACGUUCGUUUUUGUGAAUUGUGGGGACAUUCCAUAGGCGUAAUGGUUUUUAUACUGUACAAACUGU